UUUGAAUACGUGUCAUGACGAAUUUCAUAAAUUUGCAUAAAACGUUAAAGUGAUCAACUUAAUAUCUAAAUGAAUUUUAUUUUUUUCAUUGAAUUCUAAACUUAAUUUAAAACUUUUUCGUCGAAAAAAGUGUAGAGAAACGGCGUCGGACGGCAUCGGUGUAUAAUGGCGUGUUAUUAUUGAUCGAAUUUUUGACAGUAUUCCGCCAUGAAGUUAUCAGUUGAUGGCACGUUUCUCUUAAAAUUAAUUUGCUUAACUUUUUUCGUUGGUGUUCAAAGUAACGACGGUGAAACGAGUAAAGAAUGGUUUAAAAUUGAAGGUAAAGUGCAAGCACCAGAUGCCUGGGCUAGAUUGAAUCCAGACUGGAAAUUGCACACAUAUGUCCUAAUAGAUGGCGGCGAAUAUCGAGCGUUUCUUAGGGAUGAUGCUUCAUUUUCAGUGAGUGUGCCAAGUGGUUCGUAUGUUGUGGAAGUUUCCAAUCCUACAGUUUUCUACGAACCUGUAAGGGUGGACAUCAACUCCAAAGGGAAAUUCCGUGCCAGGAGAAUCAAUCACAUACAACCAAGCGCUGUUAGUCAAAUGACUUACCCUUUAAAAUUCAAGCCUGGAAUGCCUUAUCGUUACUUUCAGCAGAGGGAACAGUGGAGGAUAACUGAUCUUCUCUUCUCUCCAAUGGUUCUUAUGAUGUUCCUUCCAUUGAUUCUCAUCUUCAUAUUACCUAAAAUGAUGAAUGAUCCAGAGACGAGAAAGGAAAUGGAAAAUAUCCAAAUGCCUAAAUAUGAGAUGCCUGAGAUGAGUGAGAUGCUGACAUCAUUGUUUGGAGGUGGUGAUGCUAAGAAGACAACGAAAAGCAGCGGCAGCAAGGGCGUGGUCAAGCGCAAAUAAAAAAAAUUAAUCUAAAUUAAGAACUUGACAAAAAAAGUCAGUGUAAAAUUAUAAUAAAGAUAAAAAAUAAUAAACAAAAAUUUGAACUGAAA